AUCUACUCCAUUCACGCAUGCAGCUAGCUCAACAGAACUACCAUACCAUGGCUAAUUUUACCACUUUUCGGCAAAGGAUCUGCCAAAGAAUUAUGAAGUUGAGGGAUUACGCCCUUGUGCUAACCUCGGUAUAUUCCAUCUUCAUGUUCUUUGUCGUAUGCUACCUUCUCUACCGAUCGCCGUCCAAAGUCGAGUCCAUAGAAGGCGGAUAUCCGCGAUCCCAGUUCAAAAGUUAUUCCGAGGACGACAAGAAUGACACUGGUAGUGGAACCGAACCUCCUACUCGAAGUCCGAACACCGGAUACUACUUUCUGGAUACUAAUCAGACAUUCACUAAACGAUGUAGACAAUGUUCGUUAGUGUCGAGUGCUGGUCACCUCUAUGAAUCGGGGGCCGGUGCCGACAUCGACAGCGCCGACUGCGUCAUCAGAAUGAACACUGCCCCCGUCACAGGCUGGACGGAGGACGUCGGGGCUCGAACCGACAUCCGUAUCAUCGGGCAUGUCAACCUGCCCCGGGGUCUCGUCAGGAAAGGUCCUCUACGACGAGAGAUUCUGGAGGACGAGGACACGAGAGCCAAGUAUGUCGUCGUUCCUUGGCUUUAUGAUGAGAAGAUAAACAUGACAACUCAGACAACUCAUAUAGUGGUCAAGACUGCCAGAGAUUUUAAGAAGAAGUAUCCCGAAGUGAACUUUGUUUUCCUGACCAGGGAAAAGUAUGAAGCAUCUGAAAAGAGGUUCAAGCUUGAGACUGGUUUUUCCAGAAACGAAGUCAACACAUGGUUCAGUACUGGUUUUGUAUCCAUGAUGUUUGCCCUAGAUGUAUGUGACAAAGUACACGUUUACGGACUAUCCACAUCUGAAUUCUGCAUACAUCACCCCAAGUCCAAGGUCCCUUACCACUACUAUGAACCCGAGAAGAUGACAGAAUGCUCUUUCCAAAAACAAAACGAACUGGGACUGGCCAGGGGCCAUAAAUUCCUGACCGAACGUGCCAUGUUCGCUCGUUGGUCGCUGAUCUACGACAUCACCUUCCAUUACCCGUCUUGGAAGGCCACCAUCGAGAACGUCACCGGUAAUCUGGAUACGCCGUUCCUACGCAAAUACAAGGAAGCGUUACAGAGCGGUAAACUCGGGGACAUCCCGCAUUAUGUCUACAAGAAUGGGAAACGGUUCCGCAUUAUUUACAAACGUCGGGUGCGAAAGGUCGUCGUUAAAGCACCGCAGAACGGUACGAGCGGGAUCGACGAAAAGGCGCCUAAGGACGAAAAAUCGUUACCGAAAAUAGAGACGCAAAGUUCAGACCAGAAUCAUAAUGAUACGGAUGAAAAGUCAUUAUCGAAAGCAGAGUCGCAAGUUAAAGGCCAGAAUAUGACAGUCAAUAAAGAUAAGGAUCAUGCUCCUCCAAGAAAAAAGAAGAGGGUUGUCAGAAAAGUUGUCAGGAAAAAGCGUGAUCUAACAGAGAAUCACUGAUAUUUCCCUUUUUUUAAUCCGAUGUGAACAUUUAAGGAAACUGAUGAAUUGCAAAUCACUCUUUCUAUUUUUUGGAUCCCCCUGCCUCUAUUCAACGUGGGAUUCUGAUGGCUCGCCUCCAUUUACCGCGCCGGAAAAAACCCUUUUAGAAGUGUGGACAAUAUCAUGACGGUUCCACACUCAGUGGGUAGAGAAGUGGUCUCGUAACCGGGAAAUCCAGGGUUCGAAACCCAGUCGACGAUCUAGUGCCCUUUAGCAAGGCGUUGACCCUAAUCACCAAAUCCCUUGGAGAGGACUGAAAGCCGUCUGUCCGCAUACACACACGUUCUUAGCAGUCUGGUAAAAACAAACCCAUCAAAAGAGUUAAAAGUAUAUUAGACA